ACUACACAAUAACCUCUAUUUGAAUAUACUCCAUCAUGGAACAUACCACUACACAAUAACUUAUUGAAUAUACUCCAAUGUGGAUCAUACCACUACACAAUAACUUCUAUUUGAAUAUGGAACAUACCACUACACAAUAACUUCAAUUUGAAUAUACUCAUCAAAGUGGAUCAUACCACUACACAAUAACUUCUAUUUGAAUAUACUCCAUUAUGGAACAUACCACUACACAAUAACUUCUAUUUGAAUAUACUCAUCAAAGUGGAUCAUACCACUACACAAUAACUUCUAUUUGAAUAUACUCCAUCAACGUGGACCAUACCACUACACAAUAACUUGAAUAUACUCCAUCAUGGAUCAUACCACUACACAAUAACUUCUAUUGAAUAUACUCCAUCAACGUGGAACAUACCACUACACAAUAACUUCUAUUUGAAUAUACUCCCAUCAAUGUGGAACGUACCACUACACCAUAACUAUUUGAAUAUACUCCAUCAACAUGGAACAUACCACUACACAAUAACUUCUAUUUGAAUAUACUCAUCAAAGUGGAUCAUACCACUACACAAUGACUUCUAUUUGAAUAUACUCAAUCAUGGAACAUACCACUACACAAUAACUUCUAUUUGAAUAUACUCCAUCAUGGAACAUACCACUACACAAGAACUUCUAUUUGAAUAUACUCCAUCAACGUGGAACGUACCACUACACAAUAACCUCUAUUUGAAUAUACUCCAUCAUGGAACAUACCACUACACAAGAACUUCUAUUUGAAUAUACUUUAUCAACGUGGAACAUACCAUUACACAAUAACUUCUAUUUGAAUAUAUUCCAUCAUGGAACAUACCACUACACAAUAAUUUAUAUCCUCCAUCUACAUGGAACAUACCACUACACAAUGACUUCUAUUUGAAUAUACUCCAUCAUGGAACAUACCACUACACAAUAACUUGUAUUUGAAUUUACCCCAUCAUGGAACAUACCACUACACAAUAACGUCUAUUUGAAUAUACUCCAUCAAUGUGGAACGUACCACUACACAAUAACUUCUAUUUGAAUAUACUCCAUCAUGGAACAUACCACUACACAAUAACUUCUAUUUGAAUAUACUCCAUCAUGGAACAUACCACUAUUUGGACAUUUUUAUGACUUUGCAUUAAAGAGCAAAGUCUCCGCCCACUUUCUGUUGCCUUUCAUCUUCAUCAUCUUUAUGUCAUCUUCCUCAUCCUCCUCAUUUUUGCUACAGUCAACCUUCGGGAGCUGACAAGGUAACUUUGUUGACAAUUAGCCCAAUUAGCCUGCACGUGCUAAAUGCUAACAGCGUCGUUGCAAACGUCAGUCAAACUUGGAGCGUCCGAGAUGACUGUCGAGCCCCACAGAGGACUGAAGAGAAAGAACGUCCCAGAAUCAGAACCCCGGUCCCGGUCCUCCAAAGCCAGCCCCACGUUUCUGCUCCUGGAGAUGUGGACGUCCCUCCCCCAACAAGGCUUGGCCAGCCACACUGACGUCUUGCACAAUAACGCACCUCAGCCUGCUCCCCCUGGCCCGGCGCCCCCAGGUGACCAGCUGUCUCAGUCGCCAGCCGCCCCCUCCCGGUCCCCGGCAACACCUCCUUUUUUUCACACCUGGAGCUCGGCUGAUGUGGACAUCUGUGACAGAUUCCUCUUGGGGCAGUGCCCCGCGGGCUCCUUUUGUCCAAAGCAUCACACCCACUUCCCCUACCACUGGCAGCUCUGGUGCCUCAAGAUGCGGUGCUGGGUGGACGUGCCGCCCCGUUCCCAGGUGGCGUUGGAGCGCUUGUACUGCAACGUGGAUCGGGACACCGCAAUCCUCGACGACGGGCACAAGAACCUCUUGAACUUCGACUUCAUGGAGAUGGACGACCCCUUCAAAUACGACAGCGUCAGACGCCUGAGUAACUCCGAGAAUCUGUUCGUCAACCCGCACUUCCCGUCCAAGUGGCGCAUCUACUGGUGGAAGGACACGGAAUGGGAGGAGUACAGCCAGGACCUGUCCACAUUUCUGCUGUGGAACAUGAGCCAGAAGGAGCCAGAGUGUUGGUUCGUCAUCAGAGGAGAGGAAUACGAGUUGGACUUUACCAACAUGACGCAGAUCAACGUCAACACAAGAUUCCAGAGGGACGUCCGAUGCCGGCCCGUCUUCCGCUCGCCCCAGUCCAUGCACCCUUACCUGAGAACGGGGGUCCUGACAGAGCACACCCAGCCUCUCCUGGAUCCCCCUCAGCCCAACUUUAGCGUGGACCCUCUGGAGGACUUCACCUCCUGGUACCCUCCAGUGUGGUCUCUGGCCUCGGGGCAGGACUACAGCCUGGUGGAGGUUCCGGCCUGCUCGUGGGCUUUCAAGACCACUCAAAAAGUCUUCCAUGAGAGUCUACCUGAGACCAAGGUGGACAUUAUCAGCAUCCACAUGGUUCAGAAUGUCCUGCACUGGGACAAGUACCAAAGGCACAAAGUGUACAUGCAGAAGAAGCACGGCAGCUCCAAGGAACCUCUGGAGCGCCAUCUCUUCCACGGCACCACCGGGAGGGCCGCCGAGGACAUCUGCCGCAACAACUUCGACCCCCGCGUUGCCGGCGCCAACGGGACCUCCUUCGGCUGCGGUUCCUACUUUGCCAUGUCGGCUAAACUGUCCCACAGGUACGCGUUGACGUCGCCGCGGGAUCGCUGUCGCCACACCUUCCUGGCUAAAGUCCUGGUGGGGGAGGUGACCAGGGGCGAGUGCGGGUACCUGCGCCCGCCUGUGCGGAGCAGCGCGGGAUUCCAGAACCAACGCUACGACACCUGCGUGGACGACGUGGACGAGCCCAGCGUGUUUGUCGUCUUUGACAGCAGUCAGUGCUACCCCUACUUCCUCAUCAGGUACGAAGACGUGCCCGCCGUCGUCCACAUCUCAAGCAGCCAUGCUGCGUCCUCUUCGGAAUAAAAGACUCGGAUGUCCCGCAUGGUUUAUUAACAGAGAUGGAGAGAAUUACUUGGGUUUGAUGAGGCGUUCACUGACCUCUUUAUGUGUGUGUUAAAUACAAAAGGUUUUUCCUGAC